AUGAGGCCCCCUCGUGGCGUCACGCCCGCCCAAGAGCACGACAGCAAGGACGUCUCCCCCCAGGCGUCCGGCGCGCACCCACCACCAGCACACAAACCCCAACCACGCAGGCUACUCCACCUCCUCCACAUCUACCUCUCCAUCCUCCUCCUCUUUGUGAAUUACUUUCUCGCCCAGUACGACAAAUUCAUCCUCUCCUACUUCCGCCCCCAGGUCCAGGCGUCCCUUGGCCUCACCGAGGCGCAGUAUGGCCUCAUCAGCGGCUACGCGACGGGCAUCGUCUACGCCCUCCUCGCGCUGCCCAUCGCCCUCGUCGCCGACUACACGUCCGCCCGCGUGUGGACGCUGAGCGUCGCCGCCACCUGGUGGAGUCUGUGUGUCGUCUUUCAGGGCCUGGCGAACGACUUUGGCCAGCUCUUCUGCGCCCGCAUCGGCAUGGGGAUCGGGCAGGCGGCCGUCGAGGCCUUGAGCAUCAGUCUCAUCAGCGACCUCGUCGCUUGGCGGAAUGUCUUUCUCGGCACCAGCGUGCUCUACGUUGGCGUCUACGUCGGCGAGGCCGUGAGCGGCCAGAUUGCAAACGCCUUUACCGAGACGGGUACCAGCUGGCAGGUGGCCAUGAGGGCCAUUGGCAUCACUGGCAUCGUCGUCGCCGUCCUGUUGCGCCUCGUGCUGAGGGAACCCACGCGGCGUGAGGCCAUUGUGGUUCUCGGGGGACGUCCGGGGGCGUGGGACGCCGCGUCGUCGGAGAUUGGAGCGGGGGUCGGGCCCGUGCCAGGGUCCACGGCCCGCAAGCGCAGGAGCAUCCGGACAGCCAAGGCGGAUCUCCUCAGCACGGGGGCGUACAUCAUGCGCAUGCACUCCUUCUGGCUGCUGCUGCUGUCGGCCGCGAUGCGCCAGCUAGCUGGGAACACGUUUGGCUUCUACAUGCCUGGCUACCUUUCGACGCUGUAUCAGGACACGACAAACCUGCUCUCCCGCUAUGGCCUGAUUGUGGGUAUCGUCGGCAGCGUGACCGUCUUGUUCGGCGGCCUGCUGACGUCGCUGCUGUGGAACAGGACGAAGCUGACGCCAGUUUAUCUCACUGCGGUGGGUGGCAUGGUCAGCAGCGUCUUUGUGCUCAUCAUGGUCUUCUCACGGGACCUGGCGGGGGACGACGAGUCUAGGGGUGUCCAGAUCCUGUAUGGCGCCAUGGCGGCCGCGUAUGCCACGGCCGAGCUCUGGUUGGGCUGCCUCUUUGCCCUCAUCGCGCUCCUGCUGCCUCCGGAUUACAAGACAUUUGGCCUCGCGAUCUGGACCAGUGUCCAGGUCCUCGUGUACUCUUCCGGCCCGGAGGCCAUGGGACUCGCUCUCCGGAACGAGGACCCCGCCAGUCCGGGGUAUAUCACCGCCACGAGGAACAGCUUGGCUGUGAUCAUCACCUUGGGGUACUGGGCGUGCGGGAUCGGCCUUCUCAGUGCGAUCCCUCUGCUCAAGAGGGAUCUGAGGAUGGAAUUUGUGGAGGGUCGUCUUAGCGUGCGUAGAAGGAUGGCCUUUGGGGGGUUCGUUGUAGCGGUUGUGUGUCUGGUGAUUAUUCUGUUCACCAUGAGUCUGGUGUACGCGGUUUAA